UUCAGGGACAGUUUCAGCAGUGUCUGAUCAAAAUCCAAAAGAACUUCGAAUGGAUAGAUACCGAAGCUGGUAUCGGUUUGCACUACUUGACACAACAGAUGACCUCUAAAGGAAAUCAAGGUAUCCAAGAUAUUCUUUCCAAAGUUUCCGCCAUGGGUUCAUCGCAUUCUUCACAGCCUGCCCCUGUUGCAGCGGCGUCAUAUCGCAUCAUACCUCUCGUUGCCAACAUAUCCUUCUUCGGCCGUGAGACCGAGAUGCAAAUGAUGGAAAAAGUGUUACUACCAGAGAGAGAGACCAGACUCACUGUCUUUAGCAUACUGGGUAUAGGCGGCGUCGGUAAAUCGCAGCUUGCCCUUCAUUUCACGUACAAGCACCUGAAUCAUUUCAACGCGAUAUUCUGGAUACCAGCAGAGACAAGCGUCAAGAUUAAGGGGGCGUUUGAAGAAAUUGGUACCGAAGUUGGGCUGCUGGAGCCUAACGGCGGCCAAGGGAACUUGGAGGCUGUUGCUCAGAGAACGAAAAAGUGGUUGCGGAACUACGAUAAGCCAUUCCUUUUAAUCUUUGACAAUGUUGAGUCCAUGUCAAUAUUGGAAAAAUAUCUACCUACCGGUGGCCGUGGUUCAAUCAUAAUCACGACGAGAAACCAGAACCUUUUCCAGCCUCCUGUAACAGCUUGGGCCCAUCUAAAGUGCUUUGAUAUCGAGGAAGGGAAACGUUACUUGCUGGCUAACAUUCCUCAAGGCGCACUGUAUGGGAAUGAUGCAGAUUCCGAGCAUGCUGGGAAGAUCUGUGAUACCUGCGGUGGUUUACCAUUGGCACUCUCUCAAGUCCACCGGUUCAUAAGCGCACUCAACAUUUCGCUGGACGAAGCCAACCGCAGAGUCACAGGACUUGAGGCAUUCGUUAAUGUGUCCUCAGAAUUGAAUGAUCUCCAGCAAACGGAUUACUAUCAUCCAACGGGAGUUCCAUCACUUUGGGAUGAAUCACUCCACGCUUUGAAUCCUUCUUGCUCUGCUAUCGUUAAAUCCAUAGCGUUUCUUGACCCAGACGCCAUGCCAGAAGGAUUUCUGAGAUUAUUCUCAGAGAAUAAUAGUCAAUCGGGACAGCAAGCUCGAGCUACGAGUUCAAGCGAAUUCAAUAGCCAGAUACUCACACUAUUGGAGACAUCCUUAAUCUAUCGAGCUUCGAAGAGCAACACAUUUUCUACGCAUCGUUUAUUGCAGCAGACCGUGCUCCAGGAUCUCGACCAAAAACAGCAUAUUCGCAUAUUUCGAUCUGUACUGGAAAUCAUCGAUGAGACGUUCCCCGAUUAUGACGAUAGCGAUCGACUUGUAACUUCGUGGCCACAGUGCAAACAGGUUCUACCACAUGUCCUGAGGCUUUCCAUUCUAUGCUCUCCUGCAGGGUCGUAUGGCCCCGCAGUUCUCCUCAAGCUAGGGGAACUUCUUGAAAGAGCCGCAUGGUAUCUCCAGGAACGUGGAGCACGUGAAGAGGCUGCCAGACUGCUGGAACGUGCACUCAACAUAGCAAAGACCGGGCUACAACUUUUGAAUGACUCUCCCGAAAGUGGCGAUCGCGACGAGGAUGCCGCAAAUGCGACCAUAGCCUUGGACUUGGGGGAGCUCGAAUCCGCAAUCACCAACUCAUUGGGAACGCUAGAGCUUGGCCGAGGUAACUUCUCCAAGGCGCAGAAACUCUUUGAGGAUGCUAUUGCCAGACGCGAGAGCAUGGGCGUGAUAGACCGCGAGACUAUUUACAUGAAGCGGAACGUGGGUGUUGCGCUGCUUAGCUCAAAUAGCGUACAGCCUGCAUUGGAAAUUUUCAAGGAGUCGUUGGCGCUGGUGGAACAGAAAUUGGCCACGUCGGAUAACCCACGACAAUUUCACGAAGACUUGGCCUUUUGCUACGGAUCUAUUGCCUUUGCCUUGAUAGGAACGGGCCAGCUAGACGAGGCUUGGGAUGCUGCGGUCAAGUCCACUGAGCUUCUAAAGCAAUCAUACAGUCUUAAGAGCCCCCGGAUUGGAGAGUAUGUCAAUGUUAUCCCAAGAUCUGAUCUGCUGAUACUGAGAAGUACAAACAGCUGCCACACUACUCUGGGAAAUAUCCGCCUCUUGCAAGGGAAUCUUCAAGAGGCAGAAAUCUUCCUGCACCAGGCAUUAGAUAUCCGAGUCGAAGCCUGUGGAGAGCAUGAAGAAACAGCUCUGGCUAUGCAUAAUUAUGCUCGCAUCCUGAAGGAACUAGGGAGGACCAAGGAUGCUCUGUAA